UUAGCCCGGUGAUUGGCUUUGCGCAGCGUUUAUCUCCUAGCAAGAGGGAAGGGCCAGUGACGCCCCCGAACCCAGCUUCAGAAGCUGCCGCCACCUCCAAUGCACAAGGUGUCUCAUCUGAAAAGAAAACUGAGCCCCAGGGAGGAGGCGCUGAGCGACCCUGGCAGAGCUGGCGCGAACGGGGCGAGAGGUCGCUGGGCAGCGCUGGAGGACAGAGGGAGCUCGGCCACAGAAGACCCCAGCGAUCUGAUCCUGGGAUCCCAGCUCCAAGCUCUCCUCGCAUUUUACAGAUUUCACCCCCGCGACUAUCUCCCCAAAACGGAGUCUUUAUAUCAAGAGAAGGUGCCGGAGCUGGGGCAACCAGGACUUUCCCGGGCACCCAAGAUGCGCUCCAUUAGGAAGAGGUGGACGAUCUGCACAAUAAGUCUGCUCCUGAUCUUUUAUAAGACAAAAGAAAUAGCAAGAACUGAGGAGCACCAGGAGACGCAACUCAUCGGAGAUGGUGAAUUGUCUUUGAGUCGGUCACUUGUCAAUAGCUCUGAUAAAAUCAUUCGAAAGGCUGGCUCUUCAAUCUUCCAGCACAAUGUAGAAGGUUGGAAAAUCAAUUUCUCUUUGGUCCUAGAGAUAAGGAAGAACAUACUUCGUUUCUUAGAUGCAGAACGAGAUGUCUCAGUGGUCAAGAGCAGUUUUAAGCCUGGUGAUGUCAUACACUAUGUGCUUGAUAGGCGCCGGACAUUAAAUAUUUCUCAUGAUCUACAUAGCCUCCUACCUGAAGUUUCACCAAUGAAGAAUCGCAGGUUUAAGACCUGUGCUGUUGUUGGAAAUUCUGGCAUUCUGCUAGACAGUGAAUGUGGAAAGGAGAUUGACAGUCACAAUUUUGUAAUAAGGUGUAAUCUAGCUCCUGUGGUGGAAUUUGCUGCAGAUGUGGGAACUAAAUCAGAUUUUAUUACCAUGAAUCCAUCAGUUGUACAAAGAGCAUUUGGAGGCUUUCGGAAUGAGAGUGACAGAGAAAAAUUUGUGCAUAGACUUUCCAUGCUGAAUGACAGUGUCCUUUGGAUUCCUGCUUUCAUGGUCAAAGGAGGAGAGAAGCACGUGGAGUGGGUUAAUGCAUUAAUCCUAAAGAAUAAACUGAAAGUGCGAACUGCCUAUCCAUCAUUGAGACUUAUUCAUGCUGUCAGAGGUUACUGGCUGACCAACAAAGUUCCUAUCAAAAGGCCCAGCACAGGUCUCCUCAUGUAUACACUUUCCACAAGAUUCUGUGAUGAAAUUCACCUGUAUGGAUUCUGGCCAUUCCCUAAGGAUUUAAAUGGAAAAGCGGUCAAAUAUCAUUAUUAUGAUGACUUAAAAUAUAGGUACUUUUCCAAUGCAAGCCCUCACAGAAUGCCAUUGGAAUUCAAAACAUUAAAUGUGCUACAUAAUAGAGGAGCUCUAAAACUGACAACAGGAAAGUGUGUAAAGCAAUAAAGCACAUUUUGAAACAAACAAUAUGCACUUCUUUUCUGAAGAUGCUUCCGGAGAUUUGAAAAUAGGAUCCAAAACACGGCUGGGUUUCAGCAUCCACCAAUUAACUGAAAGGUGAAUAGAGGACGUUCAUGAGAAAUCGACUACCAGCUGAUGAAAUACCUGCAAAGUGCUCUAAAAAUUAAAUAGUUUGACUUCAAGGGUCCUAGUAAGUGCCACUUCCACUAAGAAUACAGUUUGAAUGUAUAAUCAGUAGUGUUUACAAGAUCCAACAGUGCACUCAUCAUUAGUUAAUAAAGCAAAUAUGUUUAUCACUGUCAGGCUGCCCACAGCAACGCCAAGCACAUUAGAAGAGGGACCCCAGGAACAUAACUCAGACCUUGGGAAAUUAAACCAUCCUUAUCAGCAGAAACCAAGAUGGAAGCAAUUUGAGCAACGAAAUCCAUAAGAUUAAACAACUCAAGUAAAUGCCUUCAGUCAGGACUCUGAGUCUGAUCAUGAAUUUUAUGUUUUAACUUAUGUUUUUGUUUGUCUUCUGGAAUCUCUUUUGUUUUGGGUAUUGGGGUGCUUAGAAAUCCUUUCUGAGAUACAUAUGAAUGAGGAAAGAAACUUUAAGUAAUUAUUUUUAAAGUUCUUAUACUUUUUAAAAGCUAUCACACAAACUUUUUUUUUUUUUUUUUUUUUGAGAUGGAGUCUGGCUCUGUCGCCCAGGCUGGAGUGCAGUGGUGUGAGCUCAGCUCACUGCAAGCUCCGCCUCCCGAGUUCACGCCAUUCUCUGGCCUCAGCCUCCUGAGUAGCUGGGACUACAGGCGCCUGCCACCACGCCCGGCUAAUUUUUUGUAUUUUUAGUAGAGACGGGGUUUCACUAUGUUAGCCAGGAUUGUCUCUAGAUCUCCUGACCUCGUGAUCUGCCCACCUCGGCUUUCCAAAGUGCUGGGAUUACAGGCGUGAGCCACUGCACCCGGCCGACUUUCUAAAAAGUUUUAUUUUGCACAACUCUAAACCUCCAUAUUAUUUUCCAAUGGUGUAGAAGGUACCAGCUAAAGUGAACCACUAUGUAAUAUUAGGCCAUUCUAAAGGAAAGAUGUUCCAUGUCAUCAGAGAUGGUAAAAUAGGCCGAAUAAAAAAAAAAAAGAAAGAAAAAAAGAUCUUUGGUACCAAAGAUUACGCUUGCGUUUCUACACAGCAAACCAUUUUUCUUUCAUGAAAAUAAUAUAUUAUUAACAUGAAUAUAUUAUUUUGCUAUUAAUGUGAAAGUUGUCUCUAAAUAUUUUUAAAUUUCCAAACUCAUGCUUUAUUUUCAUUUGAAAUGUUUUUCACAUCUUUUGCAUUACGUAAUAAUUUUGUGGAAGCAUUUUGCCCUUUAGAAUAAACAUUAGAUUUAUAUAGCUGAAAUGUGACGUCCAGUUCUUUGAUAUUCCCCUUGUUAUUCAAAUAGAAAUAUGGAAAUGCUUCAUAUAUUACUGUUAAAUUUCUUAGUGCAGAAAUAACAUUAUUAAUAGAGUAUUGUUUUCAAAGCAGAGAUGAUUAAUUUCAAGAGGUUUAACAAUGAAAUUGUGUGUCAAUAUUUUGCAUUUAAAAUGAAUUUAAUUGACCAAUAUUUUCUGUAGUUAAAUUUAGUCACAAUAUCACAUGUGUUCUUCAAGAAACACGUGAAAUUAUUAAUAAAGUAAUAUAAAAAAUUUUAAUGUAUAACAGAAUUGACCAGUAGGCCAGUUUUCUAGUAACUUACGAUAGUGGAGUGUUUCUUUAGAAAGCAGAAGCACUGCAUUCUCACUUCUACUUUGAUUUCUUAUUUCUUGGGGAGGCAAUUUGAGGAAAGAAGAAAUGCACGGGGAAUAUAUAUGUUUUGUUUCUUAGGGAAAACAGUCUGAGAAAUGAAUAAAAAACAUGAAGUGUGUGUGUGUGUUACCAUGGAAAAGGAUAUUCACAGUAGUACAGUUCUCAAUAUUUUUAAUGAGAUGUCAUCUUUAAAAAAUAUAGUAAAACCUUGGGAUAUAGAAUGUUACAUCUUUUGAGAAUGUAUGUGUCUCUAAAUAAGUGAAAUCUAAUGCGUAUAGGAGACUGAUAGCUAAAAAUGAAUGGAACAUUAAUGUACUUUUAUAAUUAAGCCUCUUAUCUAUUGGAAAUUAUAAGAGAAUAGAUACAUGUUUUGAAUGUAAAGUUGAAAAGUCUGGUUUACUCAACAAAUUGAAAGUGAUUUAUAAAAUCUAAA